AUAUUUAUGUAUGUGGCCUCAAAUUUCAAAAGAUGGCACUGAUGAACAUAACAUAUGUAUGCUUUUGUAGUUAUAAACAUAUUAAAAUACUGUAAUUCUUAAUUACAAAAAAAUACCUCCCACCCAAUGUCAAACGAUGUUCGUGAUUGACAACUGGUCAUUUUUGAGGUUACAAAUUCCAACAACAACAUAAUUGAACAAUUGAACCAUACUAAACAUAACACAACACGUCAGUCGUGAACAGUGUAUUUGUGCAAGCCAUAAGUUAACUGAAGCUUAAGAAUUACUGUAAUUCCUAAAUUAAGAAGAUGCAGCAACGCGAAGAGAAGCAAUUGGAAUCUGCCUUAGAAUCAAUCAUCCUAAGAGUAAAUGAUUUGAAAUCAUCAAUAGCUGCAAUGAUAUUCAAAGUGGAAAAUGAAUAUGAUACUAUGAACUGGCCUACAUUUUUGGACAACUAUGCCUUGCUUUCUGGACAUUUAACUUCCCUUUCAAAGAUUCUAAGUCAUGAUAAAUGUCCACCGUUGAGGAAUUUGACUAUCCUGCCAUUGAUGCUGUCUCCUGAACGAGAUGAACAGUUGGCACAAGUUACUGAGCACAGAGUUUCUACAUUUGCUCAUGAUAUAGUUCCAGAUUACCUGCGUACCAAGCUUGAACCUAUGGCAGAGACUAAAAUGAAUCAACUAGAACAUAAAGCAGCUUCAUUGACUUAUGAUAAUGCUCAGAAACAAGUUGCAGCUUAUCAAAAGGUGGUAUCACACAUUUGGGACAUAGUUAGUAAGUCUAGGGAAGAAUGGGAAGUUGAAUCUUCAUCUCGCGGAAAUGCACAACAAAAUUCGAAUGUUGCCGAUACGGAUAUGUUAGUUGCAGCGGUCAGCAUGGGAAAGGGUUUGAAAAUGGUUGGAAACCCGAACGGACAACCUGGUCCUACAGGUUGCAUGGUUCCUCCACCAGGAAGGCCAGGUUCAGGGCCUGGGCCAAUGCCUCCAAGCACUCAACCCAUGACCAUGAACAAAGCUCCAUCAGCUAUUAAAACGAACAUUAAGAGCGCCACACAGAUACAUCCAUAUAGCAGAUAGGAUAUUCGUAUUAUUUUUUAAAUU